GGAGUUGCUGGAAGCGUCCGGGCGCGCAGACCUGGCCGUGUGCGACGACGUCGAGCGCGGCUUCCCGAUGGCGGGGCUCAUGCCCGACUCCAUGCUCUUCGCCGGCGCAGACGCUGGACAGCUGCCUAGCCGUCGGGACAUCGCAGACGCAUUGCAUCAUGCGCUCCAGCGCAGGGACCUUGCGCUGAAGGAGCUCCUGAGCAGACCGCGCCGGGAACCCGGCGCGCAGGACAUCCUACGCCAGACGCAGGAAGACGUUGCGGCCGGGAAAAUGGAGGGCCCGUGGGAGGUGUACCUCGGCCGCGAUGGCGAAGUCGCGAGCACGGUACCGUUCGCGGAAUGGUUGCCGACGCAGCGGUUCCCCAGGGUGCAACGCCGCGCGGCGACCAGCUACGGUGUGCGGCCAAUCGACAAUUGCACCGCGAGCGGCCUCAACCCCGCGGCCGCGGCCAUCGAGGCCAUGCGGGUCACGGGCCUCUCCGCGCUCAUGGCCGCCAUCGAGCACGUGGCUGAACUCUUUCAGGAUUGGGGCAGCGACGGCGAACCGCUCCUCGCGAAGGGGGACCACAAGAAGGCGUACCGCCAGUGGCCCGUACGGCCCGACGAGCGCAAGUACGUGGUCACGCUGAUCUGGAGCGACGACGUGGGCACCGAGGGCGGUUUCCUUGCCUUCGCCCACAUGGCCCUCGUGUGUCACGUACUGCAGCGAGUGUUCGCGGUCCCUCAGAUGGCGUACGUCGAUGAUUUCUUCCGCUCUUCACCGCGCCGAUUCGCCGCGCUGCAGCAGUGGAUCUUCGGCCAACUGCACGCCCUGCUCGGCAUCCCGCUCGGGGCCGAGAAGGGGCAGGCCCCCGCGCAACGGCUCGAGAUAUUGGGACUGGAAGCAGCCGCAACGACACAGUGGUCUGGGCUCCGCCUUAUCGAGAAGCGGCGUUCCCAGCUCCUGCAAGCCGUGGAAGAAGCACUCCGCCUCGCACGCCUGCCCGCCAGGGACGCGUCCCGCCUCGGGGAGCAGCUGGGAUUCGGAAGCACCGCGCUCCUCGGCCGCGUUGGCCGCGCGUGCACCCGGGAACUCGGGUACGGCCUCCGCUGGCGGCGCGCGCUCUUGACCAUGCCGCUGCACCAUUACCAGGGCCAUGAUUGCACACGGCGGCGCGCGGUCGCCUGGGUAGACGGCUCUUGGGAGAUGGCCACCGGCGAGGGCGCACUCGGCGCCGUGCUCCUGACCGCCGAAGGGGGCUGCAGCCUGUCAGCAGAGGUGCUCGACAACCUGAGACAGGAGCUGCGCAGGACCGGCAAGCGACAGCGCAAUGCCCAAUCAGAGCUACUGGCCGUCCUCAUGUUGUUGCUGUCUUGCUCCGAGCAGCUUCGAGGCCGCAGCUUAGUCCUGUGCGAGGACAACCAAGCCGCGCUCGAGAACAUCCUGGCUGGGUCCGCCGCGGAUCCCGACAGCCGAUCCCUCGUCGCGGGGAUAUGGCUGCUGGCGGCAGAGGCAAAGGCGGACGAGAUGCAGCAGCUCUCCGAGAUGCACGCCCUGGUCGCGAUGCCACUGCGACUGCCAUCCUCCUUGCAGACCGACCCCGAGACGUGGGCCGCGGCCGCGGCGGCCGCCCGCGCCCCCCAGCGGAUGACCGCGCGCGCCGAGCACGCAAAAGCAGCCGCCCGCCUCGGUGCCACCGACGGCCCCACCGUCGCCAGCCUGAUGGGCCGGGCCACCUGGGACGCGCUCGACGGCAACGUCGCGCUGGGCUGGUUGCAGCUACCGCGCAAGGGCAUCGCGGCGCAGGCCACGCACUACCACGACGGGUUGGCACAAGUACUCUGCAUGGCGUUCAAGCAGGUCUACCCUGGGCACACGUGCACGACCGUCGUGAUGCGCCAGGGCCAGCUCCCCCAGUGGCCGCGAGUCGCCGCCGAGUGCAUCGCCUGCCUUCGCGCCUGGGUCAACGCGCCCCAACCGGACUUCGAGUGGGUCAACGGCUACGCGGAGCCCACCGACGUGGACUCCACCGACGUCGUCGCGGGCUUCUUCCGCAUCCCCGUCGAUGGGGCGCGGGCCUUGCAGGACAGCGCCGG